CACAUAACUGUGGGCGGUUGCAGUCUGGGCCCCAGACAGCCUGCCUCUCUGAACUGAGCUGACAGCAUGAAGGUUCUCGCAGCUCUGCCUCUGCUGCUGCUGCUGCUCUCUGCACCUCCCUGCGCCCCACAGGCCUCUGGGAUCCGGGGAGAUGCUCUGGAGAAGUCCUGCCUUCAGCAACCCCUGGACUGUGAUGAUAUCUACGCUCAGGGCUAUCAGGCAGAUGGUGUGUACCUCAUCUACCCCUCUGGCCCCAGUGUACCAGUGCCUGUCUUUUGUGACAUGACAACUGAGGGUGGCAAAUGGACGGUUUUCCAGAAAAGAUUUAACGGCUCAGUGAGUUUCUUCAGGGGCUGGAACGACUACAAGCUGGGCUUUGGCCGUGCGGAUGGGGAGUACUGGCUGGGUAAGGUGGGGCCACAGGGUAGGGACUGCCCCUCAGCCAAGUUUUUGCUAACCAGCUGCUACCGGUCUCUAGGGUUGCAGAACCUGCACCUCCUGACCCUGAAGCAGAAGUAUGAGUUGCGAGUGGACUUGGAAGACUUUGAGAACAACACAGCCUAUGCCAAGUAUGUUGACUUCUCCAUCUCCCCCAACGCUGUCAGUGCUGAGGAGGACGGCUAUACCCUCUACGUGGCUGGCUUCGAGGAUGGUGGGGCAGGUGACUCACUGUCCUACCACAGCGGCCAGAAGUUCUCUACCUUCGACAGAGACCAGGACCUCUUCGUGCAGAACUGUGCAGCCCUCUCCUCGGGAGCCUUCUGGUUCAGAAGCUGCCAUUUCGCCAAUCUCAAUGGCUUCUACCUGGGUGGUUCCCACCUCUCCUAUGCCAAUGGCAUCAACUGGGCCCAGUGGAAAGGCUUCUAUUACUCCCUCAAGCGCACUGAGAUGAAAAUUCGUCGGGCCUGAGGGGCUGGCUCAGGCAAGCCCCAUGUCUCCCCUAAAAGCCCCAAGUCUUCAUGAUAUACCCACAAGACACUACUUCUGCUGCUCUUUAAGCACCAGCAAUGACCUAGAAAAUUCCUGUCCCAUGUCCAGGCCCUAUUGCUUUCCUAAGGCUAGGCUAUCAGCAACCCACCAGGCCUUUCUCUGGCUCAGACAUCCCAGCCUGGAUCUGGCUGCCCCUUAUAAAAACCCCAAGUUGCUUCUAUUCCUUCCUGACAACUGAAAGCCAGAAGCUACCUUCUAGCUGCCAGCUUUUGCAUUCCACCCCAGCCAAGUCCCUUAUUGCAGACCCAUCUGUUUGGGGCUACCCUAGGCAGAGUAAUACAGCACCUAUGGCAUUUGCCAGACAGCUCAUGCAUAGUUGCUGUUACACCCCAGCACUCCCACCCAGAACACGUCCCACCCUUGGUCUCCCCUUCACCAACUUAUUCCCUUAUAGUGAGCACCAUGGAACCCAACUCACCUGCCUUUAAAGUUCAUUGCCAAAACAAUAUUCACCACAGCUACUACUCAUCAACCCUGAAGUAGUCACUGGCAAGAUAGGCAUGUUAACUAGGUUCCUUACUUGCCCCAGGGAUUAUCAAUGAAAGGCAGCAGGGAAUAAUCUGUGGGGCUGGGAGUGGGUGGGAAGUGGAGGUCUCAAUAAACCUUAAGGAUCUGAUGCA